AUGUUCACCACCGCCCCCUCAGCGCUCUCCACCAUCACCGCGCCGCCGGACCUAUCCGCGAUCUCGGACCCGACGCUGACAGUGCUCUUCAAGUCCCUCAGCAAGCGCGAGGAAGUAACGCGCGUCAAAGCGCUCGAGGGGCUCCUCGACAAGCUCAGCGCUUCCUCCUCCUCCGCGGUCGUCGAAGAGGGCGUUCUGAGCGCAUGGACGCGGCUCUUCCCUCCGCUGUGCAUCGACGCGUCUCCGCGGGUCCGCCGGCUGAGUUUUUCGGUGCUUGGAGCGGUGGGCAGCGCGGCGGGACGGCGGCUGGCACGGCAUAUGUCCGCACUCGUGGGGCCGUGGCUGUGCGGCACGUUCGAUAAUGAUCGGGCUGCGGCGAGGGCGGCGAGCGAUGCUGCAGAGAGCGUGUUUAGGACACCGGAGAAGGUGAGAAGCGCGUGGACGGUUUUUGGGAAAGUGGUGCUGGCGUUUUGUACAGAAACGGUGGCGAGGGAGGAGGUGUGGACGCUGAGUGAUGAGCGCUGGUGCAAUAGCGAGGAUGCGGAGGCGAAGUGGGCUAGGACUACGGCUGUGUGUAUCUUGGCUGUGGCGAGGAUGCUGCGUGAGGGGGAGGGGGUGGGGGAGGGGGAGGGGGAGGUGGACGGGUUUGCGGAGUUUCUGAAGGAGAAAAGGCUUUGGAUGGCCGCGUUUCAUACUGAUGCGUUUUUGAGGAGGGCGGUGUUUCAGCUGCUCCUGGCGGCGCUGGAGAAGCGGCCUGAGUUGGUGCGAGACAAUUUGGACAUGAUCGCGACGGCGGUGGUGGUCAAGGCGGCGGCGCUGAAGAGCCAGGCCGGCAGUGCGGGCGUCUACAUGGAGGCGCUGGAGGCGCUGACGAAACACUUUCCCGAGUGCUGGACCGUCGCCAAGGCGAAGAAGAAGUCGCCGCCGCUGGCGCAGCUCCUGGCGUUCGUCGAGCUCGGCAGCCAUUCCGCCCCGCCGAGUUACUGGGAGCAGCUGACGGCGGUCGUAAGGGUCAUCCCCGAGGACGUGCUGGCCGACAGUGAGAAGACGGCGAAGAGCGUGGCCAACGCAGUACUCGCCGGGAUCAAGGCUGGCCCGGAGCCGCGAUCACAUAUUUUGGCGGCGUGGGGCUGCUUUUUGGACGUGUGCUUGCGGUUCCUCGAGAUGCGGCAGCUCGAGACUUAUAUUGUCGAGGAGCUGCUACUGCCGAUUUAUACGGGGUACCUGGCCGGCGGGAAUAACGGCGAGCGCACUUUCGUCUCGAGGGAGGACGCGGUGGCCGCCGCCGUGUGUGGAAGUGGCCUCGUCAGGCUGCAGCGCGCAAACGCCGACGUCACGGAUAUGCUGCUGGGCCAGAUGUGGGCGAAGGUCGAGGUGUUUGUCGUCGGCAUCGUCAGAGCGGACCAGGAGGUGAAGGUCAAGCGCUGUGCUGAGGCGUGGGUCAAGCUGGUGGUGGGCGUGCUCAAGGCACUGCCAAAUGAUGGCACUGUCUACGCCACGGUGGUGAAGAGUAAUGUUGUCAUACUUGGUGAAUUGAUUAAGUCUCUUGUCGCUACAAAUGGCAAGUCCACAGGUGCAGCGGUGUUUUUCGAAGCGCUGCUGUCGAAAGUCGGCAAGGAAAUUCUGUCUGACGAUUCUGCUCGGCAGCUCGUCAACGAUUUCUUCUCGGACAAGCUGGUGGCGAUAAUUUCACCCGAUACUAUUGAGUCGCUUCUCUCGGCAUUCGUUUCCUACGGUGCUGGAACACCAGAUGGAUUCGAUGAUGCGUGGAAAAAGACGGUGCGAGCGGUUUUGAUGUCGCCGGAGCUAUCCAAGGAGAAGAAAGAGGAUGCGAUCGUUCUGUUGCUCAACUCCGCUGCUUCAGUCGGGCCGGUGCAGGAGCUAGACGGUUACGUGGUCAACAAGAUGCGGGCUGCGCUGCCGGAGCAUGCUGCGGGCGCGUGGAGACUGGUGAAGGAGACGUUGAGGUCCACUAGCAAUGUGAUCACGCAGGACACCACGACAAAGAUAUUGGUCGAGCUCAUGGAGGGCGUGGACCUCGACGCACCACGGGUGCUCGACGCAGUCGCCGGAACAAACCCUCACAGACUUAUGCCGUUCAUCAACUCCGACCACGGGAAGGAGCUGUUAUCGAAGCUUUUGGUACUGGCAAACUCGCCGGAUAGGGCUAUAAGCAGCUCUGCGGCACGACUGCGCAGUGCGAUUGAUGCCGCGGUCGAUAGUGAUGGUGUGGGGAGACUGACUGAUAUCACGGUGGGGAGUAUCUGCAACAGUGUUCUGGAGCCGACCAGUGAGCAUCUGGAUAUCGACUACCUUGCGGCUAAAGCUGCGAGCUUGGUUAAGGGUGUGCCAAAGGAGACGGCGGAUAUGCUCGUAGCGAAGCUGUUAUUUUCGGAGGAGGAGUGGGAGAGCGCUAUUGCACCACAUCCUCGGAAGGUGAACAGUCUUUCGCUGGCGAUUUCAAAUCCGCUGGGUGGAGCUAUUUUCCUCGUGGGCGAUGAUGCUACGGAGAAGGGCGGAGAGGCGUUCUGGGAUUCGGAGGGCUACUCGACGGUUCUGCGGAUGGCACUGUUUUCGACGAAACUGGUCAAGGAGCUUGCGGGGUUUGUCAUCGCCGACGAGGUGAAGUCGCAACUGCUGUAUUACAUCCUCCUGGUCCAGGAGGUGGCAAAGGACAACCUCAGUGUGGCCGGCGCAAAUCAGCUUUGGAAGGACCACGAAAUGGAGCCGGAAAUGCUGGUGUUUACCUCGGCGACGCAGCACUGGGCGCAGGCUGCUCUGGCGGCCGGUGGGGCCCGCGAGAAACUCGUCGAGCGCUUGAUGCAGCGCAGCCGCGGCGCCGAUGCAGCCACGUUCUACGCGGCCCGUGCGCUUUCCAUCGUUCUGGCUGAUCUAACGGAGCGCGAUCAGGUGUUCCGGGAGAUGGCGGUGAGCUGGGUCGACAGCAAUGAUGUGUGGAAGGAUGGCGAUGUCUUCCUGUCCACAGCGAUGCUAGUGGGCUCCUCGACGAUCCUGAUGCCGGCGCGCAAGGAGCGCGUGUUCAUGGGGACUAUCGGGACGCUCCUGGGAGUUUCCUCUGCGAACGCUGCGACGGGCGGAUUGCAGCUGCUGGUGAUGCUUGACGCUGCCCUGCCGAGCGCGGACGAGGGAGCCCCGAAUAUCCCCCAACCGAGGGCUAUGAAUCUGAUCAGACAUCUGCUUUCGUGGCUGGACGAGGGGAAUGACGACAUUGAGCUUACGCCGGGACUCAUCUGUCAGAUUGCGCAGGUCCUGUGUCACGUCUUGCCCAUCGUCAAGAGCAUGUAUGGUGAGCACUGGCAGAGCACGCUGGAGUUUGUGGGGUCGUGUUGGGAGAUCUGUGUUCCCCUGGAGGAGCCGCAUCUACCGAUGGUGUCUGCGACAUUGAGGCUUUUCCAAGUCCUUAAGGGACUCGUCGGCGAGAACGAUGAUCUGGAUGAUGCGUGGGCCGAGAAUAAGGCUGGGUUGUAUUCACGGCUCAUCACUCUCCUGCAGAACUCGGGACGGUCCGAUGCGAUGCACCAGCCAAGGGGAAUCGUCAAUACGCAGAUUGCACGGCAGCUUAGAGAUGUGGAUAUUGCGCAUGUUCCCGACUUUGGGGCGGUGUACCCGCUGCUGGGCACGCAGUCCAGACCGAUUCAGAAAGUGGCGUUCGAUAUCCUCCAUCGGUAUAUUCCCACCACCCAGGAGCAAGUGUCCGUCGACGCGGCGCUGUCCGCCGAUGUGGCUGGGAGCCUACAAUUACCACCGGAGAUCCUGUCGAUGAUCCUUGAAGCCCCCGAGUCACUGGAAGACGAUAUGGAGAUUGGGUUCGCCCGCGAGAUGCCGAUCGCCAUCCGCGGUUACCUGCUCAGCUGGAUUCUCGUCUUCGAUCACUUCGAGAACGCAUCCUUCAAGGUCCGCUCGAUCUACGUGGAAUCCCUCAAAGAAGGCCAAUACAUGACACCACUACUGGACUUCGUCUCCACCACGAUCUUCACCCCCGCGCGCCCCUUCGACGCCUCCAAAGUCUCCAUCCAAACCUACACCGCCGACACGACCGAAAACCCUCUACACGACCUCCGCUGGCUCUGCACGCACCUGUACUACCUUCAGCUCAGCCGUACGCCCUCACUCGUCAAAUCGUGGUGGCUCGACACCUCGCGCAACCGCGGCACUGUUCUCGCAGUCGAGGCGUUCACGGAGAAGUGGAUGUCGCCUUUACUGAUCGACCAAGAGCUCGCCUCGGUCGCGGAGUGGAUCUCGACCCGCGACGAAGACGACGAAGACGGCAUGAAAGUCAAGGUCUCGAAAGUCACGCGCGAGGUCGUCGCCUCGUACCCCGUCGACGACCAGGCGAUGGACAUCCUCAUCCGCCUGCCAAAACUGUUUCCCCUCCGCCAGGUAGAGGUCCAGGGACUCCGCCGCGUCGGAUUGCCAGAGGUCAAGUUUAAGCAGAUGCGCCUCGCCUCGCAGGCCGUCGUCAACUUCCAAAGCGGGAGUAUCACCGACGCCCUGACACUGUUCCGCAAGAACGUGUCGCUGCACUUCCAGGGCGUCAGCGAAUGCGCCAUCUGCUACAGCAUUCUAGCGGUUACCCCAGACCGCUCCCUGCCGAACCGCGCCUGCGCUACCUGCAAGAAUAAAUUCCACUCCACGUGUCUCCUCAAGUGGUUCAAGACUAGCAAUUCGAGUAGUUGUCCGCUUUGUAAGUUGCUCUCUUUCUGA